AAAAAAGUUUGAUGUAUUGAGAUAACAAUGUUGUUUUAUAUGCAUAGUAUUGGUCUGUUGAAGUGCCACAACGAAAAGAAAUCUGUAAGGUACAGGAGUUCUUCGAUGUAUUGAAAUAACAAUCUCAUGCAUAGUACAUGUUUGUUGAAAUGUCUGGUGGAGUCGAGCUCGGGUUUUAUUUUUCUGGCUUGAUCGAGCUCGAGUUCACGUAAAAUUAACUCCAAGUCUGAGUUCGAGCAUAGGUAAAUUCGGGCUUGACUUUGCUCGAUUACAGAAUUAAUAGAGGAUAGUUAUUUGAGAAUUAGAAAGUGAUGUUUAUCUUGGGUAUUCAGGCUAAGUACCUUAUCGUAACUGAUUGUAAUUAGAUUAUAUCACAUGUUAAUUAAUCAAUUAGAGUUGUACUUUAAAUAUAUACGAUGUAGUAUCAUGUAAUGCAUCAAUACAUCCUUUCAGAUUGCUAAUUCACUAUUUUGAGUUAGUUGAUAAUAGGCCUAUAGAGCUUCGUUUUUACCUCUGCAAAUUAAACCGUGUUUAUCUAUAUCCUUUUGACUUGCGUUUUAGCUUUGAUGCUCAAAGACCGCGACUUUAUGAGAUAGACCCAUCAGGGACUUCUCUGAAACUGCUUAAAUCUUAAAUCUAUUUUUUAUUUCUUUAAGCUGAUUUUGCAAUUUUUUUGCUCUAGGGUUUGAUGUUACGUUAAUGGACAGGAUCAGCAGUUUACCUGAUGAAAUACUAUGUCACAUGCUAUCAUUUCUUCCAACCAAAUUGGGAGCAACAACAGGGGUUUUAUCCAAAAGAUGGAGAAAUGUCUGGGGUUCGGUUCCGGUGCUCUGUUUUGAAGGGCUAAAAGAGGCUGAUUUCGCCGAUUUAACUGCAGUGGAUUCCGAUUUUGGGUUCGCAGAGAGCGAGGCUGCGAGUUUCAAUGGCUUUAUGGAUAGGCUCCUGAGGUUUCGUGGCGAUUCAAGGACUCAAAAGUUCAGGCUGGAGUCUGAAUAUCUCGAGCCUGAAUUGCUCUACAAAUGGAUGCGUUCUCUGCGUAAUGUGGAGGAGCUUGAUCUGGAUAUACGCAGUUUCGGGGAGUUGAAUUGGAGGGAUAUUGGUUUCGCAGCUGCAUCAAUCAAAACCAUCAAACUCUCUGGGGAUUUCAACCUUAACAUCCCAUCUGAUCUGUCUUUUCCGUGCCUUAAGAUACUUCAUCUCCUAUAUGUGAUUUAUGAAGAUGAUUCCGCCAUCGAAAAACUACUCUAUAAUUGCCCUGUUCUGGAGGAAUUGAAGAUAAGCAGGCAGUUAUGGGACAACGUUAAGAACUUCGUAAUCUAUGCGCCUUUAGUAAAAAGUUCAUCCUAUGCCCCAUCUGACCAUGUCAUUUGUUUCUGUAAACAAAAUGAGGGUUCAGGAGCUCGCGACAAUGGAAGAAAUACGUAUUAUGGAAAGAUUGUGUGUGGACUAUUUAGCAGUAUCUCUGAUGUGAAGGCUUUGAAAAUUGGAAGUUUCACAUUGGAGUCUCUUAGUGAUGCUCUUGAUAUAAGACUACCAAUUUAUCACAAAUUGGUUCACCUAGAGGUGAAUUUUAAUGGAAUGGCUGGUGCAAUGUUGCUUCCGAGUUUGCUUGGAGUUACUCCGGUGCUGGAGACUCUUAUUCUGCCCCUGGGGAUCACUAGUUCUUCCAAAAAAGGCUUCGUUUAUGAUGGGGGGUUCAGUUUCAGCGAUCAAGUAUACGAAUGGAAGCCUCAAAGUAAUGUGCCUCAUUGUUUGCUUCAUUCCUUAAAGGUGGUGGAAAUUCGGCGAAUCAGAAGCAAAGUGGUGGAAGAACUGAAGCUGUUGAAAUACAUUUUGGAAAAUGCAAUGGUUCUGGAGGAAAUGACAAUAUUGUGUGAAGAAGGGGCUCCUCUUGGCCAACCACCAAUGGGGAUUGAUAAUGUGAGGGGAAGAGGAAGGUCUUCUUCAGGCGGUCGUCCUGUCGCGGCCAAUCAAUUCGCGGAAACAUUCGCCGCCAUUAGAGAUGAGGUGAUGAAUUACGGUAGAGGUUCAGCUGGUUGUCAAGUACAGAUCCUGAACCAAUGUUCUCCAGGUGAACCUUAUACCUGGUAUCGCGAUGCUCCAAUUCCUGUUAUCGACGUGUCCCAUCUGAUCGUUUGA